UCUCUCUCUCACACACACACACACACAGAGGCGCACAGACACAUUGCAUCUGCGCGAAACAGAGUCCACUGAACUGAUUCGAGUAGUCAGAAGUGGGACUUCGGGUUGCUUGUCCUAAGUCGGAGAGAGGCGCGGGAUGUAUUUGGGUACCUUAACGGGAUCGCUUUGGAUGGUGGGACAGAGAUUGUAUGUAUCUUUAGUAUUCCCUCCCCUCGCCUUUGAGUAAAUGAUGAAAGCCCGAAUCGUGUGAGCCCGGCACGAGUCGGGGGCGAAGAAUUCGGAACAUAGGGGGAGUCAAAGGUAGGACCUUUCUCGUUCCGUCGCCAUGUGAAAGUGAGUGGCGGCCGAUUAAAGGAGGAAAAUGUUAUGCCAUAGCGUGAAGUAGAUAGAAAGAGCGUGUGAGGGCGUUGGUUAAAUUCUGUUUCUUUUGAGAGAGAGAGAGCAAGACGGCGAGCGGUGAAGUAUGGAGUCGAGGCCGCCCGGGUCAAUAAAUCGAUUGCACCGGUACAUUAGCUGCAUUAGAUUCUGAUAUCUUCAGCCUUUAGUAUGCAUCACUGAGUGACAGUUUCUUUUGUCUAGGAAUUUCCUGAUUUCUUUUUUCGUAAAUUUCUUUGUUUUUUACAUGGUAAGUUUGCUUGCUUUGUACAAUUUUUUCCAAUAACUUUCUAUAACUGCAGGAAGGACCGAUAUAUUCUCUAGAGUGAUGCGAAGAUAUUGGCCUUUUGUGCUAAUUGCUGUAUGUUUGUUCUAUAAUGCGUGCAUUGUGAAAUAGCUCAUUUUCUUAGCUAGUGAAAUAGUUUUGAUGCCAUGAACUGAAAUUGUAAAUAAGCUCAUUUAUCAAAAACGAAAAUAUUGUCAGUUGAUUGAUGGUUUUAAUCAAAAUAGGAUUUCACGCGUGUUGCCAUCUGUUUUAAAAAAUCCUCUUAUUUCAAGGUUACGUGGAAAUCACCAGAUCCAAGAAUGCGUUAUGCGGCGCUCAGCCAUCACAGUGUGAACUUAAUUUAAGUGCCUUCGACUUCUCUCAAAUGGUUUGUCUUGUUUUUGUGCCAUUUUGCUCUCCUUAGUCUAGCCCUUUCCACAAUUUAUUGCUAAUUAAUUGCUCGAUAUGGGUGGUUCUCCUACAGCAGAGGUUUAGUCCUGCUGGGUUUUUGAAUGGAGUUGUCUUGAUUCUAUUGAUUCUGGAAUUGCCAUAUGGUCUGCUAUUGCCUCUAUACACAGGGCUCGCUAGACAGCAAUAAGUGAAUCAUGCACUGCGUUUCUCAUCAUAUUUGGAGUGGCUCAGCUUGUUAUUUUCUUUUCUGGUUGUAUUUGUCCUGAUGCCUAAAUAUGGAACAUGAUUGCAUAAGUGAGUAAUUUGCACAGGCAUAUUCAUCCUUUGUAAUUGAAGUAAAUUGCUUUCACUUCCCGCACUGAUGCUUAAUAGAACCAUUGUUUAUUGCACAAUGAUGUGCACUUGAUUGUGAGUUGUGAUGUGCACGAGAGACAUGAAAUCUUAAGGACGCAAACCUCAUCAUUAAAAUCUUCUUUUAGAAUGUGUAAUUAAAUGUAUGACUGCCCACCCCCUCACUGGAAAAAAAUCCUAACCAAAAUAAAAAAGGAACAAAAAUUUAAUGACUGGUAAUCUUGCAUAAUGUGCAUAUUAACCUUUUUUUGCUUAUCACAUUAGGUUCCAGUCGUAAUAAUCAGUUAAUUUUACUUUAGGAAGGUGUAAUGAAGUGUUGGGACUCUUUCCGUCUACCGAGAAAAAAUCCGACCAAAAACGACAAGGAAGAAAAAAAAUGACAGGAAAUCUGGGUUUCAUCUGUGCAUAUUUAUCUGCUCUUGCUUACCGCAUUAUGUCCUAACGAUAUGGCAACUCAUUCAUUAUUGCCCUUUGUUUUGCCAUUCAUUUUGUAUGUAAGUGGCCGGCUGUAUUAAAAACACUUUCGAGAAAACAUCGAAAUUUUUUUCGUGGUUCCUUCAGUGUUUUUUUUUUUCUCUCUCAAAGAACCAGAUUUCCUAGGUCACAUUAGGGUUGAAAUGAGAGAAAACCACUCUACAGAUGCAGAUAUCAUCGACCACUUAUCUGGUAGUGAUGUGAAUGGAGGGUCAUGUUCAUCAUCAAAAGAUAAAUUCCCUCCUAAGCCAUCUCAAGUGAGUGCUAAUUCCAGAUCUUUAAAGCUGAAAUGGCGUCCUGCUUCGAUCGGUAGUGUUCCAAGUUUUCGGGGAAAAGAGGAUGUCAAAGCCAAACUCUGUUCGUUUGAGACUGCCAAACCUUUGAAAUUGGAUGCAAAGUUGCUGUCCAUCUCCGAUAAUUAUCCAGAUAUUCCGUCGAAUCCCAUCAUGGAGAUGCAAAAGGAAACCGAGGGUUUCCUGUUCAAAAAGCUUGAAGAUGGAUUUCAGCUAGAUAGAGAUGUGAUUGGAGAAGUACUUGGGAUCUGUGGAUACGAUGUGAAACAGAGCUAUGAGAAACUAAUUGAAUUUUCAGCCAUAGCUUCAAAGGAAAGGAGCAACUUGGAUGGAGAAUCCUUGAAGAAGCAGAGAGAUAUAAUCCCUCCAUCUGAAAUGCUUUGGCCACAAAAAAUGUUCCAAGACACUAAAUGUGCUGGAGGAGAAAGAAGUAGAUUGUCCCAGCCUAAUUCUGCUGAACUGACUAGACAGCAUAUUGAGAAGCAGAAUCAAGAAAAGGAAAUUUUGGCCACACUAUUUUGUGCUUCCAAGAUAAAUGAUGAUGAACCUCGCCUUACAACUGGUAGGAGGUCAUUUCUUGGAAAUACUAAGAGGAGAUCUAGAGCAUUUGGCUUUGUGGUGUCACCAGAAAAUCCAAGUCCUGAUGACGAGGCUGAAGUGACAGACUCAAACUGGGAAAAUAAUGACAGUGAUGAGGAAGAGGAAGAUGCAUAUGAAGUUCUCCGGAAGGCUGUAUUGGAGCAUCGCAGAAUUAUGAGAGAAUACUACGGAGCAGCUGUUGAAGCUCAUGCUAAUGGAGAUUGGGCUUUGGCUGAAAGACUUUUGGAACAGGGACACUACUACAAGAAAAAAGCUCGUGAAGCAGAUGAAGAAUCCAAUGCAAAGAUUUACGAGACAAGUGGCAGAAAUGCAGAUGCGGACGACGAAUUUUUGCUUGACCUGUGUGAACAAGAUCCCAAGGAGGCAGUUGGUCUCAUGAAGCGUCAUCUGCUGUCGCUUUCUGGCAUCUACUCUUACCUCAAAGUUGUAAUCGAAUCUAAUGGUGUAGAUACCUCUGAAGGAGCUCUUAGACGAAACAUCUUGAAGCUCCUGGAAAGGGAAUCCAUUGAGUGGACUGAAGAAGGAACUGCGGGAACCAUUUCGAUCGUGCUGGACAAUAUCCAGCGAGAACGCCUGAGUUUUUACAGGAAGAAACCUGGGCAUAAUUCUCCUUUCUGAGAAGUUAUUUGUGAUGAGAAUUCUGGUUUGCUCACCUAUUUACUGGUCUGGAGUGCCAGUUGGACACGAUGGACAUUAUAUUUUCAUUUGAGGUUGUUGUCUGAGUACUGGUGAAAGUGAUCCAUCGACAUUGGACUUUGGUGUCUUUUCGGAGAAGCCAUCCAUGUGAAGCGAGGACUUCAUUUGAGGUUUAAUAAUUAUGUCUUGCAUAUGCAAGAACCCUUUUCUACAGUGCAAUGUGUUUCAACACUUUUCUUGA